AUGCCAAAAGCAGUUCCUAAGAUCCUAAGAUAUCUGCAAAGAGAAAGAUAUAAAGGUCAAGUGGCCAUUCGUAUUCAGGUAGAGGCAGUAAAAGCACUGGUCCCCAAGAUGGAGCUGCUAGACCGUGUCAGUGUAGAGGACCUCAGCAGCAGUACAGGGACUCAUAGUGUCGAAAUCAGCUUUUCCCCCAGCAGGAGGCGCCACCAUUGUUCUUAUGAAAAUAUGACUCUGUUGGAGUCACCUGAUGAGGGACCACAUAUCCACCCACAUCUUAUCAAAGAAUAUGCUUAUUCCCAUGAUGAUGAUGAUGAUGUGAUUAAACCCAAAAAGUCCUGUUGGUGCAUCUGUUUUCCAAGUUUGUUUCGUCGCAAGAAAGAUUCCAAAUAUAAAAAACACAACAGCUCUGGCCGCCGUGACCGCACAUCACAAGUCACUCCUCCAGAUAUUUCGAAAUACACCAAUGUGGUGACCAGCUCCCCGUCCACCCACAAACGACGGCAUGAAGAGCACAUUGCAAUGAAUGGCAAAUAUUAUCAGAACAGACGACAUGGAAAACAUUAUAAGAAUGAAUGUCCCAAUGUUCCAGAUAUUGUUCAGUACAAGAAUUCUAUAAAUGAAGCCCAUUUUUCUUCCCCAGACUCCCUGAAGAGCCGGCACUCAGGUAGCUCAGCUCUUAUUCAAGGUUACCGUCGAGACUCAAAUAGCAUGGCCUCAAGCAGAAGCAGCAUGCUUCCACCCCCUUCUCCUGCAAAACAAGUCAUGUAUUCAUCUCUAGAGCAAGGACAGUCAGUAUCUCAAAAAAUUGAAUUAACUGAGGAGUGGCGUGGGGACGGGGAAGUGCUUGAUGAAAAAGCUAAUAAAUUCUAUGUCCUAUUUGACAGUGCUGGCAACCCUCAUUACACAAACCUGAUAAAAUAUUUUGAGCAAGAUCGAGGAACUCUUGUAAUGAGUGCUCAUCGAAGGGAUACACUUGUUGUGAUGAACAUUUGCAUGACCAAAGAUCAACUAAAGAGGCUGCAGGCGGAUUACAGUUCUGGCAAACUCACUAGGGAUAUUGAAGAACGGUUGGUUAACAUGCAAGUUCUCAAUGCAGUAGACGCCAAAGAGAUGCGUCUAUCUACAAUUAUUGACGACAGCGAAUUUAGCCAAGCUGAAGAAGAACUUGGUUAA